AUGGGGACGAUUAUCGUAACACUUCUUCAUCCCGUGGAGCACGAAGAUGACAUCCUCGUAAUACUUAACCUAAUAGCAUUCUCAAUAAAUACAAUAUUCUUGAUUGAACUCACCCUCAGAUUACUUGCGUUUAGAUGUACCCCUUUUUACAAGGGAGAGUACUGGUUUCUGUCACUAUUUGAUGCAAUAGUUGUGAUAUCUACAUUUACGCUCGACGUCAUUUUGACUGGAAAUUUGCGUGAAGUUGCUAGUCUUUUGGUUGUCUUCCGUUUCUGGAGGAUAGUGGAGGUCACUGAAGUUGCGGCUCUUGGGGUUGCGAGGUACGAUGAAGAGUAUGAUAGACAGAGAAAUCAGAAGGUGAAAGAGCUAGAGGGUCAGUUGAACAAAAUUCUCAAGGCCGUAGAGAAAAUUGCAAAUGAGGACGAUUGGGAUGACAGCAAAAGAGAGAGAAUAUUUGGAUACUCGACAAUCCCUUUCGUGCGAUCUUAUUACGAUUAG